UAGCAGAGCCAGCCGGUCGGCGGUGCUGAAGCCGCCAUGGAUUCGCGAGGGCGAGGUGUCUCAGCCGCGGUGGCUGAGGAGGAGGAAGAGGAGGAGGAAGGCGGCGCGCUGGAGCUGCUCGCCAGGCGGCAGCGGAAGGAGAAGCGGGAGCUGCAGGCCAAAAUCCAAGGAAUGAAAAAUACUGUUCCAAAGAAUGAUAAAAAGAGAAGAAAACAGCUGCUGGAUGAUGUUGCCAAACUAGAGUCUGAGUUGGAACAGAAGCACAAAGAGGAACUAAAGAAGUUGAAGGAAACAUUACCUGAACAGAAUAAAGAAUAUUUGGCAACUCUAAAUAUUGCAAAACUGGAGCUUGAGAGCAGAGAACAGAGCCAGCCUGCUAGAAUAACAAAAGCACAGAAGAGGCGGGAUAAAAAAGCAGCUCUGGAAAAGGAAAGAGAAGAAAGAAUAGCAGAAGCUGAGAUAGAAAAUUUAACAGGCGCGAGGCACCUUGAAAGUCAGAAACUUGCAAACGUUUUAGCCUUAAGGCAAUUGGAAAUUAAGCAAAUCCCAUCUGAUGGUCAUUGCAUGUAUAGAGCUAUUGAAGAUCAGCUCAAAGAGCAACAAAACUUGUGGACAGUUUCAACACUUAGGAGUCAGACUGCAGAGUAUAUGCGAAGUCACACGGAUGACUUUCUACCAUUUCUGACAAACCCAAAUACAGGAGAUUUGUACAGCCAAGAGGAAUUUGAAAAAUAUUGUUCCGAUAUAGCACACACAGCUUCAUGGGGUGGUCAGUUAGAACUAAGAGCUUUAUCACAUAUCUUGCAAACACCAAUUGAAGUAAUUCAGAUGGAUUCCCCUCCUAUUAUUGUUGGUGAAGAAUACAGUAGGAAACCACUAAUACUUGUGUAUAUGAGACAUGCAUAUGGAUUAGGAGAACAUUAUAAUUCAGUAAAAACUCUUUUGGAUAUGACUGCAGAAAAUGAAAGCUAAUACACGGUUCAUCAGAUGACAUGAAUGAUGGCUGCAAUUUUGCUAAGUGUCUCUAUAUAGGUCUUAAAGAAAAUGAAUUUUCAAUUCUUUAAUAAGGCAUACAGGGUUAUACAAACAUAUAUAUGGUAGAUAUAUAUGAGAUCUGUUGUCAGCACUAUUUGGUUUAAAUCAUGUUUUUAAAAAUCUUUUCUGAUGUGUUUCUAAUGUACCUCAUAAUAAAUUGUGGAUUAUA